AUGUUCACUCGGUCCAUCAUCCGAGCGACCAGAUUCAAGCUUCCACCGAGAUCCAUCUCAAGCUCCUUCCAAGUCCGAACCAUCGCCACAAUGACCUCGGAAGUCCAACCCUGUUUCCAGCAGCUCUUCACCGAGCUCGAGAACCGCUUCAAAUCCACCAUCCUAGGCAAUGACAAGUGGUACAUCCUAGCAAUCUCCACAAUUGUCGCAUCUCCAGAUCCCGAGCGCGCAGACCAACUAUACCUGCACCUCACCCAGCAAGCGGAGUAUGCGACCUCCACCGCGCGGCAAGCACUGGUGCGGCGUCUCCGGGAAGCACUCGUCAAAUCCGUGCCUAUUGUAGGAGUAUGCAAGCCAGUUGAAGCCAUCCUUGCAAUCAGCGAGGUGGAGCGCGACGAAGACAAAGAUUAUUCAUUCACGCGUGAAGGGUGGCAAUGCGACCAGGCCAACCAUGAUCGCGGCAUCGAGUGGUUCCAACAGCUGUAUGCGCGCAAUGGUAGCGGCACGCUGGACUUGUUCAGUGCGCACAAGGACUUUUCGUGGCUGUCGAAGGAGAUCACCUAUGGGUUAUUCUUGUCGGAUCGACAGGUACUUGGGGAUGUCGAUACCCAGUUGGUGGUGUUGCCGGGGAUCAUGAGCCAGAAUCUGCCCAAGGAGACACAUUGGCAUAUUCGUGGAACGAGACGGAUUGGGGUGCCGAAGGAGGAGGUGGAGGUUAUUUGGGAUUGUGUGCAGGCUGUCGCUCGGUUCUUUGAGGUGAAGCUUCACAAGGUACCGACUGUUGAGCAGGUUGAAUAUGAUGUUUAG